AACUUCCCUCCACAGUCCGGCCGCUUUAUCAUUGCGCAGCAUCGGCUGCGAAUUAUCGCGUCGCCAUACCAUGGACUGAUCCACGUCACUACAAUUCGCCUAAGAACAUGCUUUGGAGUCUUCCCUGCGCUCCCUGUCGCAGGGAUGCAGCUAUCUUUUUUUCGCAGAAAUUGCGCUCGCCUCGCAUCCCUCGGAAAGGGACUCGACUUUUAUCUCGAUAUCUCGCUACUCAGCCAGCCACGCACAUUUCGGACAAGAGCGAUGGUAGAGGCUCGCUUGCCGUCCCCGCUUUGGCUAGGUUCAACGAGAUCGGAGUGCAGCAGCUGAGCGACCAUGUAUUUUCUCAAGUAUUUCCCAAGAAAUCAGAUCCUCCAGAUCCGAAACUGGUCGCCUUGUCCAAAGAACAUUUGUCCAGGCAUGAUUUGCUCGGAAAAUCUCAGGAUGCCGCCGAACCCGUCGCCUUCGACAUGCCCACUCUUCAAGGACAAUCUCUAGACGAACACUUUUUCAAGCUAGGAAUGGACUGUUCCGACCCAUACUUGACAUAUGCGAAGGAAUAUUGCACUAUAAACUCGCCCGAGAAGCCACGCAAAUGGGUGACACGCAGUGGAUGGACCAAGUAUAACUCCGACGGCUCAUGGGAAGCCGUGGACGCGCCCAAUGAGACUCUUUUGACUUUCGACACUGAAGUACUGUACAAAGUACAUUCUUUUGCGGUCAUGGCUUGCGCAGUCAGUCCUACUGCUUGGUAUGCAUGGAUCUCGCCUUGGCUUCUGGGAGAGACGGAGAAUGAAGUUCAACUGGUACCUCUCGGAGACCCCUCGAAAUCACGCAUCAUUGUCGGGCAUAACAUCGGCUACGAUCGGGCGCGCGUGCUUGAAGAAUAUGACAUGAGUCAGACUCGCAACUUCUUCCUUGAUACGAUGUCUUUGCAUGUGGCAGUCAACGGAAUGUGCUCGCAGCAGAGACCAACCUGGAUGCGUCACAAGAAGAAUAAGGAUCUUCGAGACAAAAUCACUAACGAGAGCAACUCUGUGGAGCUGGCUGCCUUGCUGGAAAACAAAAUGCUCAGCGAGGAGGAAGAAGAGCUCUGGAUCGGAAGAAGCUCGGUGAACUCGCUCCGAGAUGUGGCCAAGUUUCAUUGUGACGUUACGAUUGACAAGUCGCAACGGGACUACUUUGGCGAGCUGAGCAGGGAGGAGAUUGUAGACAAACUGGAAGAGCUGCUCGAUUAUUGUGCAGCAGACGUGGCUAUCACCCAUCGUGUGUACAAGAAGGUCUUCCCUAAUUUUCUUGAGGUCUGUCCGCACCCAGUGAGCUUCGGAGCUCUGCGGCACCUUUCAUCGGUCAUAUUGCCCGUCAAUCAGAGCUGGCAGGAAUAUCUCGUCAAUGCCGAAGCGACAUACCAUCAACGGCUUGAGGACGUCCAACGAAAACUUGUUGAGCUUUGCGAUGAAGCUCUAAAAGUGAAAGAUUCUCCCGAGACAUACACAAAUGAUCCAUGGUUACGGCAGCUGGACUGGUCUGGCCAGGAGAUCAAAAUGGUCAAAGGAAAGAAGAAGAACGACCCUCCGCGGCCAGCCGCCAGGCAAAAGAAGCCGGGUAUGCCCAAGUGGUAUAAGGAUCUCUUUCCCAAGAUGGAAGCGGACAUUAAUCUGAGUGUACGAACGAGAAUUGCACCCAUUCUACUGAAGCUGUCUUGGGAUGGCUACCCUCUGACAUGGUCAGAUAAACAUGGAUGGACUUUUAAGGUGCCCCGUGAGCAUGUGAAGAAGUACGACAAUCAACCAGUGGUGAUAUGUGACAUGUCGGACGAGAAGAUACUCGAGCUGAAGAAUGACCGGAGGCACGUUUACUUCAAGCUUCCACAUAAGGAUGGGCCUACAGCACGUUGUGUAACUCCCUUAGCGAAGGGGUAUAUGCAGUACUUUGAGCGCGGAACUCUCUCAUCCCAGUUUGCGCUCGCUAAAGAGGCUCUGGAGAUGAAUGCCUCUUGCUCUUAUUGGAUCAGUGCCCGGGAUCGCAUCAUGAGUCAGCUCGUUGUGUACCAAGAUCAAGUGCAAGGUGUGCAGUCAACCAAGCCAGAACAAACCCGCCUAGGGUUUAUUCUUCCGCAGAUUAUUCCCAUGGGGACUAUCACACGCAGAGCUGUGGAAAACACCUGGCUCACUGCAAGUAAUGCCAAAAAGAACCGCGUUGGCUCGGAGCUAAAGGCCAUGAUCAAAGCCCCGCCAGGCUACUCCUUUGUUGGUGCGGACGUUGAUUCACAAGAGUUGUGGAUUGCGAGUCUGAUUGGAGACGCUCAGUUUCAGAUCCACGGUGGUAAUGCCAUCGGCUUUAUGACGCUUGAAGGUUCGAAGGCCGCAGGAACCGAUAUGCACUCUCGUACCGCCUCAAUUCUGGGCAUUUCUCGUAACGACGCCAAGGUCUUCAACUAUGGUCGUAUCUAUGGAGCUGGUGUGAAAUUUGCCGCCACCCUGCUGAGACAAUUCAAUCCAUCGAUGACCGAGAAGGAAACGCAGGAGGUGGCAAGCAAGUUGUACAAAGAGACUAAAGGCACUCGUACGACUCGGCGCCUCCUCAGUGAUAGUCCUUUCUGGAGAGGUGGAACCGAGUCAUUUGUCUUCAAUAAGCUGGAAGAAUUCGCUGAGCAAGAAAGACCGCGAACUCCGACUCUUGGAGCAGGCAUCACUGAGGCCCUGAUGCGCCGCUUCAUCAACAAGGGCAGCUUCAUGACUUCAAGAAUCAACUGGGCCAUUCAGUCUUCAGGUGUUGACUAUCUACAUCUUCUGAUCGUCGCAAUGGACUAUCUGAUUCGGCGCUUCAACAUUGCAGCCCGACUGGCGAUCACUGUGCACGAUGAGAUCCGGUACCUCGUCAAAGACGAAGACAGAUAUCGCGCUGCCCUUGCGUUGCAAGUGGCUAAUGUGUGGACCCGCGCUAUGUUCUCCGAGCAAGUCGGAAUUCAUGAUCUCCCUCAAUCUUGCGCCUACUUUUCCGCCGUGGACAUCGAUCACGUCCUCCGGAAAGAAGUGGACAUGGAUUGCGUGACGCCCUCGCAUCCGCACAAGAUCCCUCACGGCGAAAGCUUAGACAUUGUCCAACUUCUGGACAAGAAUGAGGAGGCCCGGCUUGACCCAACCGUUGUGCCAACCAUCCCACCCUCCCCGCAGAAAUAUGCUUACAAGCCACGACCCACCGUCAUGUCUGCACUCCCCGACUCCAACCACCCAUCUUUCAUCAGAGCCCAGAUCACGAAGGACGACGCGGAAUUCCGAGAGAUUAUCAAGGAUCUCGCCAAGGAGCACGCCGCCCAGAAAGCCGCUGCCGCAGCUGCCGCGCCGUCAACCAACGGCCGCGGCGCGCGGGCCACGUCGUCGCCAGCCGCCGAGCCCCAGAAGGCGAUUCUGAUGGAUGUUGGCUCCGUGAUCUACACGCCCAGCUACCGUAGCUUCUCGCAGGGGAGCAGGACUCCUAACGUGAACUUCAGUCGCCAAAACUGGAAGCCCCGAGCCUCCGCCCGCGCGUGAUGAUAUCCUUCUUGUCCGGGUUCUACUGUAUAUAAUAACGCUAUUUCUCUUUGCUCGAUGGACGACGUCCCCCCCCACCCGAUGUCUCAUUGAAUGUCUCUUCUGAAAUGUAUCAUGUGUGUUCGAAAUCUGUAUUAUAAAGCAUUGAAAAGGGCGUCGAAGGCAGGGUGGCUGUGCAUUUUUACAGGACGUUCGAAUGGUGUUUUCUUGAUUGGGGCGGUGUAAUCUGUGUGAAACUAUCUAAAC